CUUGAUUAUUCCAACCAUUGACAACCUAUCUAUUCUUACCGAGGAGAAGCUUGCCGGCCAUGAAGGUCAACAUCGCGUUCGUGGUCCAGACGCUGGCAUGUCUUUGCACGGCUUUGGCCCAAAAUGAAGUCAACUCAGAACGUGGAGCCACAGCGGAAGCAGACUAUGAUGUCGUAGUCGUUGGAGGCGGCUAUGCAGGUCUGGCGGCAGCGAGUUCCCUGGGUCGUGUCAGGAGGACCGUGCUGCUCGUCGACUCUGCGGAGUAUCGGAACAACUACACUCGUCGUGUCCACGACGUUCUGGGCUUUGAUGGCGUCACGCCGGCCUGGAUCCGCUUCAGGGCACGUCAGCAGAUCAUGGAAUAUCCCACCAUCCAUUUCACAAACGGGACGGUCGACGCCAUCCAGUCUCAAGGAUCCAGUUCUGCGACUUUCUUCAGUGUUUCCGCACGCAUUGGCAACGACGAGAAAUCGACGACCGUCACGGCUCGCAAGGUCGUAAUCGCAACCGGUCUCCGCGACAUCAUUCCCAACACACCAGGUCUGCCUGACUGUUGGGGCCAAGGUGUCUGGUGGUGUCCUUUCUGUGACGGAUACGAGCACGUAGACCAGCCUAUAGGCGUCCUAGGCGGCCUCGAUGUUUCCGCCAAUACUCCCCUCGAGAUCCUGUCCCAGAACAAGGACAUCAUCCUCUUCGUGAACGGCACCGAUACUCCUGAGAACCGCGCCAUUGCUGACAAGAAGCUUCCACACUGGGACAAGUGGUUGCAAAUCAACAACAUCAAGGUCGAUAAUCGUUCCAUCACUUCUUUCGAGAGGUUGAAGGACGGCGGCGCGGUCAAAGGGGAUCCCAGCAGAGCUACUAGUCCCGAGUACGAUCUUUUCCGUCUGCACUUCAGCACCGGUGAGCCCGUCGAGCGUGCAGGAUUCAUGACGAAUUUCAAGAAUGAGCAGCGCUCUAUGGUUGGCGCCAACGCGGGUGUGACGCUGUACGGCGGAAGGCUACAGGCGAAUGAUAGCAAGGGCAUGGAGACCAAUGUUCCGGGCAUAUACGCCGUUGGUGACGCGAAUACCGACAACUCUACGAAUGUCUACCAUGCCAUGUGGAGUGGCAAACGGGCGGCUGUGUCGCUGCACGUUCGUAUCGAGACCGAGAAUGCAGAGGCAGAGGUUAGUAAUGGUCAUGGCAAGAGAGACAACUAUGUUGUCGAAGACGAGCGUUCCUUAUGGCGUCGCGUCAAUGGGCCAGACGAUGUCCUGAAAGUGGGAGAAUACGACCGCUGGUGA